CGAACAAUGAAUUUAGUGCCAGAGGGUGUUCUCAAUCGCGCACAAAUUCUUAAGGAGCCUCGCAAAGGACUAUUCAUACACCAGUGUAAUGAAUGUCGCGAGGAUCAGAAAAAGAGAGAAUACUUCUUGUUCAAAUCCGGAAGUUCAGAUAAUGCAAUUCUUACAAUCGAAUUGUGCGCUGAGGAUUUGGACAAAAAUAUUCUGCUGGGGAUGUAUUAUUCAGGACCUUGGGUUGCCGGUGUCUUAUACACGCGGCGUGGAGAAAGUAUUGCCGCUGGAAAUGAUAAUAAGCUUUUGAGCUUAUUUAAAUUUUGUUGGAUACUUCAUCAGUGUGAAUAUUGUUGUCGUCUACAAAAGUCUUUAGCAAACGACUUAUUUCUACAAAAACGUGGGACUAAGUAUGAAUUGAACUUUAUUAUGGAUCGACAUGUGGCUGAAGUUGCUAUUGAGGCACUCAAGGAAAAACGCAUCCGAUUAGCUCAUCAACUUGAAGUGUUAAUGGGAAUUGAAUUAGAUGAAAAACAAUUGAAAGAGGAUUUGUAUGCGGCAUUCAUUAAACAUCACAGAAAGCAAUUUCCUCAAAUUACAAUUGGCAACAUACACGAAUACUUUUUGAAGCAACGAAAUGCUUUGGGAAGACAAGCAAUUGUCGAUGUUGUAAUGAACGAGUUGUAUACGGCACUUGGGAAUCCGAAUAGCCCAUUUUGGGAGCAAAUCGAUUUGGAAACGGCCAAUGAUAUUUGUUGCUAUGCAGCGAGAUACAUGAAACGAGGUGUUUUAUAUUUUAUGAAAAGAAAUCUUGGUGAAUUUCCAAUCAAUCAUUUUUACAGUGAAGAGGUGUCAGAGAACAUCAAAAGCGCAAAAUUCAAGAUUGGUGUUUUCAGGAAUGUCGAUGACGCACCAGAGGGCAGUGAUAAACUAUUAGGAGAUUUGGUAGAUCACUUUCUUGCAAAGGCCGACAACACUUCAGGUGCAAAAUCUGAGAAGUGUUCAAUCAUAAUAAGAAGUUCUGUUCUUGAAAAACCCAUUCAAAUUCCAUAUAGAGGUCUUGCUCAGAACACUCCGCAGGUUGUUAUGGAACAAUUUGAUGCUGUGGAUCAAAGUGGGAAACGCAUGGGCAGACCUUCUCUAUACAGUCAGCCUAUACAUAUUGAGAUUGUUUUGGGUCCUUCGCAUGAUGAGGCUCUUGAAUUAAUAAAAAAAGGUCAUGAAGGAAUGGGCAGGAAGUCGAAAGAAAUUCACCAAGGAGUGGAUAUUAACAACCUUAUACAAGUUUUAUUUCAAACAUUAUAAAAAUUUUAACAAUAGGUACACAACGAAAAUCUCAAUCCCCCAGCAAAUAAACAUUGUCUUAUUCUUGCUGUCCAACUUAAAAUACAACAUGUAAAUAUGACAAAUUCAGCAUAUGACAGAGUUAAGUUUCAACGGCUUGUAAGCGGUCAGAACAAAAAUGCAAAAAUUAGGCGCGAAUUAUUGAUAAAAGAAAUGCUUCAUCAAAUGUUAAAAAACAGAAUUCGUUAUCCCUCCAAUGCAAAAGAAUAUUUAGUUGAAGAACAUGUUCCAAUGAUUCAAAAAUUAUUAGAUAUCCUCUUCCCAGGCAAAUAUAGA